AAAAAUUUAAAAUGGCAGAAGCUACGCCUGAAAUCACGUUAUAGAUUUAUGCCUCAGCACUUGAAAAUUUGGAGAAAGCAUACGACAUCUUGCACACUCCUUAUUCCAAUUUUAUGGUGGAGAGCACAAAAAUCUUAGUAUCUCCUGAUUAUCCAGUUGAAAUAAGAAUCAAUAUUGGAGUAUUGCUUAGGAAUAUUUUGAUCGAAUAAUGGGAAUCGAUAUAACCAUCUCGUAAAAUAAUACGUGAACUUCUUUUAAAUGGGUUAGUUAUGAAUGUCUCAAACAUGCCUAUCAUAGAAUUGAUUGUAAUCUAUAAUUAAUACUUUUAAGUCUUCAAUAAUAGUAUCCAUAAUUGUAUUAGAUCCGAGUCACAUUUGGCCAAGUCCAUUGAUGGAACUUUUAAAUUGGAUGGAUGAUAUAAAUGCAGUUGAAUCUAGUUUAGAACUGUUCCUAUAAUUGUUUGGCAAAUUGAGUGAGACGAAUGGAGAGCAUCAAAAUUUAUUAAAAGAGAUAGUGCCUUCAGUGCUUGAAAAGGGAUUUGGCAUAUUUGCAUAGCCAGAAUUAAAUGAGAUGCUCAGAGAGAAAAUACUAUUGAUGGUGUACCUAAUAUUGAGAUCAAUUUCUUUUGCUGAUGGAACAGACAACUCCCUAGUCAAUAAAUGUUUGGACAAUACAUUCCAAAUAUGGAUGGUAUCAAAUAUAUACAUACAACUUUAUAGUCAUUGUUUUUAUCAGCCUUACAAACCUCCCCAAGAUCACACAUCUUCAUAAAGAAGUUGGUUUUAAAGAUCUUGAUCAUUAUUUUCAGGGAUUUCGGAUUUUAUAGUAGGAAAUCCUUGGCUCUAUCUUUAAUUCCAAUUUGGAAGUUCUUCAAUUCCAUAACACAAUUAUAUAUUGGCCACAUCGUGUAUUAGAUAGAUGUGGAACACAUCGACGGUUUGUUUAUUGAAGAAACAAAAGAAUUACCUUUUAGUAAUUAGAGAAUAAUAAAUUUAAGAAAUGGUAAUUUAGAUGUGUGAUUAUUAUUAGAUAUUGAAUACAAGUACCUUAAUGAAGAUGAUGAUUACGAGAAUCAUAUUGAAGGAUUGUGUGCAUAUUCUAUAGAGUUGAUUACCAUAUUAGUUACAAAACCAGCUCUUUAUAAUUUGAUCAAAUUUGGAACAUUCCCUUUAUUGAAUACUCUUUCAACAUUUUUGACUGCCACCAAAGAAUAAGAAAAACAAUGGAUCAAAGAUCCCAGUUACUUCAUAUUGAAUGAUGAGGAGGAACUACUUUAAAAAAGUGUUAGAACUUUGGCUUUGAGAUUGAUUAAUGAUAUGAUCGAGAAGUAUGGGGAUUCAUUUAUUCAACAAAUACUAAUAGUGGGAGAAAAGUUAAUACUCAAUCGGGAUGAGAAGGAAUUCCUAGAUUUGGCAUAAUCCAUUAUAUCUAAAUUGAAUUUCCAAGAAUUGAAGGGACAAUAAACUAAGGAUUUUGAUCAAGAUAGUGUUAUGCAAUUUAUGAAAGGAUCCAUCCUAACCAUCAAUAAUAAUCAUUAUCUAAAGUCAUUCAUCUAAAAACGGAAAGAAAUCGGUUAUCUAUUAUUGGGCAGUUUCUCAGAGGACAUAAUUGUGUUUCAAUAAAAACAUCAAAGCACUUUCGAUAUCAAAAAGUGUAUAUAAAAUAUAUUGUAUGAAUUGGAGAAAUAGAGUACAAAUUAAGAUUCAUAUCAAUAGAUUCAUAUAGUUUAUAAGCUCGAGCAAUAUGGAGCACAACCAGAUAUUCGGAUUUGAUUAGUCACUAAUUCAAAGAAUUGAUAGUGCCCCUUUUUGAAUCUGUCAUACACUAUUUGGAUUCAAAAUACCCUAUUACUCUUCGCAUCAUUUCAGUCAAAGCAUUGGGAAAGUAAGAGAUUCUUAAUUGAAAUUAGUUAUGCAUCGAAAAUUCACAAAUACAGCAUUCCUUUUGAAUAUUAGUAAGAAUUUAUGGAAUCAGUGCUUAAUGUACUUUAAGAGGCAAAUCAAGACUAAAUGAUUUCUAUUUUAGAAUCUACAAUCCAUUUAGUUAAGUUUUCACCUACUUUAGCUACAACUCUAGCUAAAAAUGGAUCAAAAGUCUUAUUAUAGUUUUUCAGUGUAUUCCAUUCAGAGUAAUGCUUCAUCAAACCAUUAAAUGAAUUAAUAGUGAGAAUAUGUUAAUGCAAAGAAGCUUACCCUCACAUUUUUGAAGUAGUCAUAACUUUUUAUUUAAGGUGUUUUGUCCAUUCAUUUUGGAUUGUUUCUAGGUAUUUUAUGAAGAUGUCCACAAAAUAUAAGAUAAAAGCAAGAUCAAGUAAAGUGAUAUAUCGUUGAUGAGUGCCAUUAUGAGCAUUACCUCAACAUUCAUCAAAUUCUGUUCAGAUAGUAAAGCACAAGAAGCUUUUAUUAAUUUAUUGCCUUCUAUGGUUAAUUUAAUUCUGAUAAAUGAAGAUCCACAAUUGCAAGUUCAUACUAGUUAAUGUCUCAAGAACUUCAUUAUAAUUGAGACAGGAUAAAUAUUGAAGAUGUAAUCUUUAAGUUCAUAUGAAUAUAGGAAUUUGGUUUAAGAUGUUAUGAAGGUCAACUUAAAAUUAUUGGAAGUUCCUUAAAAUUCAGCAAAUGAAUCAGCCUCACUAUUUGCAGGCAAUUUAGUUAUGAUUACAAUCAACAAUCUCUUAGAUGGAAAUCCUGAUCUGAAUCUAUUAAAGGCAGUUGUGUUUAAAAUUUACAGAUCUAGAAUGCCAUCUACAGUCUAAUCCUUAGUUCUCGUAUAUGCUAGAAUGAUAAUCGAAAAACCAAAAGAGUCAAUAGCUUUUUUGACUUCUUGGAGUAUUGACAACAGAAUGGCUCUGAAAGUGUUGAUUGAUAAGUGGUUAUUAUAACAACCUCUGUUUAGAGGGAAGGGAACUAAAAAUGCUACAUUUUCAGCUCUAAUGAAAUUGUUCUUAGUUAAAGAUAAAACCCUAGAGAACCUAUUAGUUAUAGGGUACAAUCCUAGUCAUCAGAAUAUCAAUAGUGGUAAUAGUAUACAAUAUUAUAUUAGAUGUAUAUGCACCGUUCAAAAUCUUAUCUUUGUUGAUACGAUGUCUAGAUAAUGAAAUUGUACCUUCCAAAUAGGAUAAUGUCAAUCAAUAAUAAGAAGAUGAUCGUUUGGAAGUGGACAAUGAUGAUGACGAUUUCAAUGACAAAAAGUACCAAGAUUAAGUUGAUGUGGAUUUAGAAAAAAUUAAAGAUGAUGAAGAUUAAGACAUUGCAGAUAGAUUUGCUGUAUUUUUUAGACAUCUAUCAAGCUUAGUCCUUGGAUCCAAAAGAAAAGAAAGACAAAGGAUUAGCAGAUUUAGAGACAGGAUCAACAUUGUACAUGAGUGAAUUCUUAGAUUUUAAUCAAGAAGUAGGAGAAGAAUGUGAUGAAACAACUGAAGAAGAUUUAACUUAUUUGAAAGAUCCAUGUUUAAACAUAAAUCUUGUGGUAAUAUCACAUCUAAAUAUCCUAGAAUACUCUUUAAGAGUUUUUCACAAAUUUAUAAAAAAAUGACUAAGAAUAUUUCAAAUUUUGCUUGCGCCAUUUACUUAAAGAGGACAUACUCUUAUUAUAGAAGCAUAUUAAACUGAACUUUUGA